GUCCAGGAAGGAGGCGGGGCGAUGGUUCUUGCUUCCGGGUUAACGAAAUCGUGCUGUGUACGGCGGUCUCUGACUUGGAGUGCAGGCCUAACCAUGUCUGCUCAGAACAGUCAGAACUUGACAACUCAAAGCUAAAGAUUUUCUUUAAAAAAUAUAUGAAGGUACUGAGUUGAUGAAGGAUCACGUGGCUUUUAUAAAUCCACAAGGAAAGAUGCUCAGGUUAUCAAAAGCAGGAAGGCUUCUAAUGAUUAACUGCCUGCUGAGGAGACAUCUUGCAACCAGAAUCAGGACCCCUACAAAAUACGCUUCAUUUUCAGAAGUCCUGCAAUUACAUGAAAAACAGUUCACUGGAGUCACUUUUCCUCUCCAAGAGCUGACAAAAUAUCUGGUCUCUAAUGUGGACACGUCAUGCUUUCAGAUUUUCAAUCCUAACAACGAUGACAUCAGCAGGGCAGAGAUAUUUUUCAUUUCAUCGCGUCAACACGCCAUUGAUUAUUUCACUUCUGCUGUCCGGAUGGAUCAUGUCCCACAAUUGUCUCAGCCUGAGGUUUGCUUUUUAGGAAGAAGUAAUGUUGGGAAAUCCUCCUUAAUAAAAGCCUUGUUUUCUUUGGCUCCUGAUGUUGAAGUCAAAGUUUCUAAAAAUCCAGGCCACACGAAGAAAAUGAAUUUCUUCAAAGUGGGAAAAUUCUUUACUCUGGUGGAUAUGCCAGGCUACGGUUACAGAGCACCCCAAGAUUUUGCAGAGAUGGUGGAGCCUUAUUUAAAUCAACGUCAGAAUUUGAAACGGACAUUCUUAUUAGUAGAUGGCCUGGUCGGAAUUCAGGAAAUGGACAACAUUGCUAUAGAAAUGUUGGAAGAAUUUGGGAUCCCUUAUGUUAUUGUUUUAACAAAAAUUGACAAAGCAUCAAAAGGAAUAAUGGCAAAAAAUGUGCUACAUAUACAAGAUGUUAUAAAGAAAAAAACACAAGUGUGCUUUCCUCAACUCUUUCCUGUCAGUUCUUUAUAUUUUUCUGGAAUCCAUGUACUGAGAUGCUUUAUAGCGCAUGUUACUGGAAAUCUUCCCUUAUCCACUUGAUGAUACUUCAUGUACAAAAUAAUCAUGACUCAUCUCCACACUCUUCUUCCACUAAAAAAGAGUCAAGGUUUAUUGCUGUGCAGGCUUCUUUUUUCAAAUUUUGUGAAAAAUUUGUAUAUAAUAAAAGCUAUUUAAGUUAUU